AAUAAGGCUCUUUCAGUUACCGAUUGUUGUUCGUUGAGAGUAGUGCCGUUUUCUUACGUUACUGCUAUUGUGUUAGCAAAGUGCAGAUUCAUUCACUUCACACGGUAGUUUGUAGAGAAGUGCGUUUGAGCAAUGUGGGUCAAAUACGCGCUCCUUGCGUUAGGAAUAUUUGCGCUUAGUGUCGAUGCCGUAUACAAAAUAUGCGCUACACCAAAGUACACUUCAGAAUGUACGCAACUCCAAAGGGGCAAUUCUGAAGUUGCUUGUCAAUAUGUGCAGGACAGUAUAGAGUGUGCAAAACGUAUCAUAAACGGAACGGCAGAUUUUGGUUCAUUUUCGGCAGAAAGCACGGCUCACCUCGCAGUUCUAGGGUGGACUGACUUGACAAUUAUCAAAGAGCUCCGACACAAGGAUAGGCUAGAGGCCCCGAUUGAUUUCCAAGUAGUGGUGUUAGUUAGGAGAACACAUUCCGGCGGACUUGCUACACUACAAGGUAAGGGAUAUUGCCACCGUGGAUUUUAUUAUGGAAAGGCGCAUCGUUGGACGGAGCUAUUUUUGAAAACAUUCGAGAGAAAUGCCGUCCCACAAGUUUGUAACGCCUCAAUGUCAACGAUUGAAGUUGAAACCAGCUCAAUUAGCCGAUUUUUCAGUAAAGCUUGCCGGCCUGGUGUAUGGUCACACGAUCGCGUAGAGGAUGCUCAACUGAAAAAGAAAUAUUCAAACCUGUGCGAGCUCUGUGAUAACAAAUCAUCCUGCUCUUAUCAGAGCGACAACGUGUCGCAAGUUUUCGAAUGCCUGGAUCAAGGAGACAACGUUGCGUUUGUAUCUUUACAAGAAGCCAGAGAUUUUGAAAAAUCCUCAAAUAAGUCGAGUCAAUAUAGUUAUCUUUGCCCGGAUGGAACGAUGCAAGUUUUGAAAAACAAUACAAGUCCUUGCUCUUGGCUAAAGGAACCAUGGAGUGUUGUAAUUGCAAGCUCGUCCAAAUCCAUAGAUUUAGGAAAAAUACUUGAUUCAUGGAUAUAUAAAGCAAGAACGCAAGGAGGAUGGCAAUCAAUCUUAGCGGAUAUCUUAAUUCCUAGCAGUUUCCAAAUGAUUCAGACAACAGUACAAUCACCUGCUGAUCAUAUGCAAGGCGUGGGUCGCGGAGCUGCUCCAAGAACUGAGUGUGAUACUCUUUUGUCAUGGUGCACGGUAUCACCAGAAGAAAAGGAGAAGUGUGAAGUUGCCCGUGCAGGUGCCAUCGUCAGUGGUGUUAUGCCUCUCAUUGAGUGUUUAGAGCCUGCAAAUGACGUUGUAGAUUGUUUGAAUGCCAUAAGCCAGGACCGUGCUGAUUUCAUGGGUAUUGACUCAAACUUCGGCUACCUGGCUCGAAGCUUGUACAAUCUUACUGCCGCCUUAUACUUCGAAACUCAAACAGACCAGUACUCUUCUGUAGUGACAGUCGUCCACCAAGGUUCUAAAUAUAAAUCAUUUGAAAGCUUGCGUGGGGCACGUGCCUGUAUACCAGAAUUCGGAGGAACCGCUUCAAUGGCUUUCGUCAAUGUCGGCAAAUCUCGUGGAUUUUUAGACAGAAAGGAAUGUCGUUAUGGCUUAUUAAUGUCCAGAUUCUUUGGUGAAUCAUGUGCCCCAGGAGCAAAAGAUUUCAGGCAUCAUAGGACAAGUAAUGUUCAGUCAUCAUUGUGCAGUUUGUGUAAGAGUGCAGUGACGGAAAAUCCUGUCCAAUAUAGAAGUCGGUCCGAUGUGAACAUUACUGGAACUCCAUCAACUGUGCGAGAUGAGUGCUCGGCGGAUGAUGAGAACCCUUACUACGGCAAUGACGGUGCGUUGAAAUGUUUGAAUGAAGGCGGUGAUGUUGCUAUACUAGAAUUGCAAUCAUUAAAAGAUCAUGCUUUCGAUUUGAAUAUCAAUGAAUAUGAUUUCCGCGUGAUUUGCCGCAAUGGAACUUUGGCCUCUCAUCCCGGGUUCAGUGUGGAUUCCGAAUGUGUUUUGACUAGUAUCGUUGAUGGCGAGGUUGUCGUUCGGCGAGGUUCUAGCAAGACGAACAGCAUUAUCAACGCUCUCUCGUCCAUCGAUUCCUAUUUCCAAGUAGCCCCAGAUUUUGAAAUGUACAACAUUUAUAAUGGGAAAAAGCAUUUGCUGUUCAAGGACUCGACUAUCGGUCUGAUCGGCUACAACGAGGAAGACCUGCCGAAGAGAGUGCAAAGCUACAAACAACUUUUUGAAUACAUUGAAAGCUGCAAACAAGGCAACUCUGCUAGUUCGACAGCUAUUGUCGGUUUCAUGACUAUGUUAUUGUCAAUAGUAGUUUCUAUGUUUUUAGCUUUGUAAAUUUUUUUUUCAACUUUUCUUAUUUCGUAAAUAAUUAAGCUAAAUAAAACUGAUUUAUACAAUU